AUGUACCAGAACUUGACGCUGGCUCCGAGCCCCAGCCAGGCCACCUACGCCGACUCGAGCGCUUUUCUGCACACUCCAGGCGCUGGCUCCCCGAUGUUCGUGCCGCCGGCGCGCCUACCCUCCAUGCUGCCCUACCUGCCGGCGUGCGAGCCGGGCCCGCAGCCUCCCGCGUUCGCUGCGCACGCUGGUUGGGCGCAGGCGGCCGCCGCGGACUCUUCAGCCUUUGGCUCCGGCAGCCCGCACCCGCCGGCUGCGCAGCCGCCCGGGGCCACCGCCUUCCCCUUCACGCACAGCCCUCCGGGGUCGGGCAGCGGCGGCAAUGCGGGGGGUCGGGACGGCGGCGCCUACCAGGGAGCGCUGCUGUCUCGAGAGCAGUACCCAGCCCCACUCGGGCGGCCUGUGGGCGCCUCGUAUCCCACAUCCUACCCGGCCUAUGUGAGCCCUGACGUGGCCCCGUCCUGGACCCCCGGACCCUUCGAUGGCACUGUUCUGCACGGCCUGCAGGGCCGCCCUACCGGCCUCCCAGGUCGCAGGGCCACCUUUGUGUCUGACUUCUUGGAGGAGUUCCCUGGCGAGGGCCGAGAGUGCGUCAACUGUGGGGCCCUUUCCACACCACUGUGGCGCCGGGACGGUACUGGCCACUACCUGUGCAACGCAUGCGGCCUCUAUCACAAGAUGAACGGUGUCAACCGGCCGCUAGUGCGGCCCCAGAAACGCCUG